CGGGGAUGUAUGUUUCCAUUGUAGAAUGCAUGAUUUGUUGUUGAUCGUGUCCGUGACGAUCGGAAUAUUUUCCACCUACAUCAGCUGUGAAACACGUGUUAAUUUAAUGUCACGCCCCGGUAGAUGCGUCCUUACCGGAAAACAGCUUUUACUGAAUUGUUCUUUACAAGGUGACAACGAAAACAAUGAACAGUUAUUCUUCAAGAAGGGUAAAGCACGUAUACGCAGCUCAGAACGUCUGCAAGUAAGGAAUGAUAAUGUAACAUCGAGUAUAAUCAUCCCGGAAACAAAUAUCCAGGAUCGAGGAACGUACACAUGUUGUAGAAGUCUGUGUUCUGAUGAAACCGAAUUCGAUAGCGGUGUGUUUGAAGUCGGGGAUGUACCUCCCGAUCCACUGUACUUCCACUGUAUCAUCAGCAAUGGCGGUGUACAAUGUUAUUUUUCCAUGUAUGAUUCAUGCGUGGAAUGGACACUGCAAUACCGCAUGUCAGCGGAGGAAGAAGAUCCUUCACGCUGUACCUGUACGAACAGUGUAAGGAAAUCACAACAUUGUGUCGACUUCAAUGACGAAGACAAUAGUUACAGAUUUCUAACGAGAAAGUGUCAGGACAUUCAUGAGAAGGAGAUCCAGACGACUUGCCUACUUGCAGAUGCUAUAAGAGAUGAACGAUACACAAUACAUAUUGAGGGAAGAAGUCCCUAUGGUACAUCCUCUUUCGAUUACAACAUCACCACAAAUAUCACUAUUGAGCAAUUGGGGCCAUUACGGAGAUUCACAGUUAAAUCGACUACAUCUACCACAGCAACACUGACUUGGUAUUUCCCAAAUAACCCUGCAUACUACAAAGCAGGAAUAUCCUGCAAUAUCACAUACAACACGUCACAAAGUGUGACAGAGCUCUGGAAAAAUAGCAAAUAUGUACAGUAUGUGGUAGAGCCUUUGAAGCCUUUCCAAAACUACAUGAUUCAAGUCUUGUGUCGCUUUACCGAAAGCAGAUAUUGGUCUCGAAGUAGUACGGCAAAGUUUUCAACAAAGCAGGACGUUCCAAUGUAUGGACCCCAAGGAACUCCGACAUCAUACUCCAUGUACCUGAGCAAAAACCAAACUUGUACCGUAGCGAUAUAUAUCAAGCCUCCUGCUCCGGAUACAAUCAACGGUAUACUGAAAGGAUAUGAGCUCCAGCUGUUUUCAUCAUCAAAUACCAGCUUGGCACUUCUGACAAAGACGUAUCCAGUAAAAUCAACCCUUAUUAUAGAGAAUAUACAAGGCGAUACCAUGGGCUUAUAUGCGGACAUAUCGUCACUGACUGUUGUUGGAAAGUCACGUGCUAGCCUUCAUUUAAACCUUGAUAUAAAACCCACAGGAAAAGAUUCAUUAAGUGUCGAAAGUGUGACUGUUUCCGAAUUCCCUGAUCAUCAUCAAUUCCUGGUUACAAUCCAACACCUGACUUCGUUAAACAAAACCAUCACAUACAUCUAUCACUGGUGCCAGGUAACCGCACGUGACUACGAUUGCAAAGAUCGAGGAGUUGUCGACUGCACAGCCAAUUACGAUUUUGCUUACUCCAAGGAAACACAAAUGAAGAUUGUGAUCGCGAAACUAGCCCGAAUGGAUCAUUCGUGGGUCUUUGGCGCCUCAAUUGCAUCACCUGUAUCUAGAGGAGGCAUCCGAUGGGAGACAUGUACAUUACCAUACGGAUGGAGAAAUAUUUUUACCUCACAUUCUAUCGAGAAAAAAGACUACCUUUACGCACUUUUCGCGCUUUUCGCGCUGCCACUAUCGAUACUGGUCGCAGUAGUUUGCAAACGGAACAAAUGCCGAAAUCGUUGUGCAGCGUAUGACUUUGACCUCCCCACUGUUGAUAGUGAAGAUGUCAAUUCAAGUGCAUUUCGCACGUCUUCAACACAUAAGCCUAGCGAAGAUACAACUGCUGAACAGUGGGAAAAUAUGAACGAGGAAAUGAGAAACUCUGAAUAUAGUCGCCUACAUCCUGCAGACAAUGCCAUGCCGGGAGACAAUGGAAUGACAUCAGACCAAGAGAUGUCCUCCUUUGGCUUCAACAACCAAUCAAGUUACUGGGAAUCUGAGAAUAUACCUGAGGAUACGAUUCAGGCUACUGCUGCAAAUGAAACUGCCGGUAGUCAAAAUGUACCUCACUAUACAUUAACUGACAUUGAUCUGGGAGAACCUUACAAUGGAGUCGACAGUUCUGAUUCAAACAGAAGAGACGAUUCAGUAACAAGUCAGCAUAGCAACGAACAGGAAACCGAGAGGCGGGGAACUGGAAACGAGGAAAUAAAGAAUUCAGAAUAUAGUCGUCUUCAUCCGGCCGACAACACCGUCUCCGAUGGCAGCAUGGCGGUGUCUGAUAGAGAGUUGUGUCCCUUCGUAGAAAGUACUACCAGUCCGCGUAGGAAAGACAAUAACAUUGACGCAGACACAACGGACGAAAAUGAGGUCAGUAAUGAUCAGGGAGAGAAAAACAGAUCAUGCCAAAAAUACGACCUCGUGCCAGAAAUGAGGAAGAAUAAAGACAGUCUGUCGAACUAUGUAUAUAUUCCUGGAGACUCGCGUCGGACUUCUGGUCACAGAGAGAACGAACCAUACAGACGUAGCAGCACGACUGACGUCUUUGUAUUGCCAGACCUCAAAAAUGAUUAUGGUAGUUCGCACACAACCCAUCCGACUAUUGAGCCAAGUGAUGAUGAUGCGGGCUUUCCUCCAGGAGACCGGAGCGUGUUGGCAGAUGAUAUAAGCUACUUUGAGAACAUAUUAAAAGACAUGGAGGACGUAGAGUUACAGAUAUCAUUACGAAAAGAUGACAAAUAUACAAUUGAAGACAAAGAUAUCAACCACUUAGAUAUAACCGUUCGAAAUCUCUCUGGAUGGAAUAAUUGUACGCAGAACAGUCCUGAACAAGAAAAUCGAACAAAGAAUUUGUCGAACUAUGUACAUACACUUCCUGGGGACACACAUAGGGCAGCUGCUGGUCCGACUUCACAUAAAGGCAAAUUAGUACGGCACCGCAUUGCAGCCUCUGAUGAUAAGUUCUUAGGAGAUAAAACAGGAGAUAAUGCUCUGCAUUCACAACGAGUGCCAUGUAUACUGAACUGCGAUGCUGCUGUGAACCUCCAGGAAACAGGAACCGAGGGAUCUAAGGAGAGAGAAGAUAAUGAAUACUGCUCUUUUCAAAGAGAUAAUGCCAUAAACGGGCCCAGGAGUAUGGUGUCUGACCAACAGUUAUGUCCACCCAAAGGAGGGAAUACCCGAGCAGGGGAGGUUGCAUGUCGGAAAUAUGACGAAAAUGAAAUCGACGAUACCGACGAAUAUCCUUGCAAUGAAUUAAUGAAUAAUCCAUCUGGAUGGAAUUCCUACAAGAAACAUGAUUUGCAUCGGAAAAUAGAAGAUGAAAAUCACUGUUUGCCUAACUAUGUGAGUUUUCCCGGGGAUACGCAUCGGAGUGUUACAAGUACUGCUAGUGUAAAUAGCGACUAUUAUUUCACAUGUGGUACAGGAUCGCGGAACAAUAUACAGGAACAUGUGGCAUAUUCUGAGCAUUUCGUGUCGGAAAAAGAGUAGUGAAAUUAAA